GCGGGAUGCGGGGGGGACGUGCUCUGUCAGUGCGGGAUGCGGCGGGACGUGGCGGGACGUGGCUCUGUCAGUGCGGGAUGCGGCGGGACGUGGCUCUGUCAGUGCGGGAUGCGGGCAGGGACCGCUGAGGGCGCUGGCUCGGCGCGGGGCUGCCGGCCAAGGCCUGCGCGCUCAGAUCGCCGGCAGCUCCCAGCCAGCGGCUCUCAGAGAGCCGCGGGAGGCGGCGCCCGUGGACGGAACCGCUCCGCUGAGGAGGAGGAGGAGGAGGCCGCUCCCCGGAGGCAGCGGCCGCGGGCAGCGGAGGUGGAGCCAGUCCCUGGCGCAUCCCGGGCCUGCCGCUCCCGGGAAAACGGUGUUCUGUGGCGGCUGUCACCCACUAAGGUGACAGGAAAGCUCCCGACAUGUUCACCGGUGAAUCGGUUGAUUAUUUCAGAACCACCGACUCGUGGUUUACCAAAAGACCGCAAGACUCAUAGACUGAGCAGUCGGUGCAUGCGUAUCGUGUAUCCCAAAACGCAUCCUUACUUGUUCUCUGUUGGUACCGUUGCUUUUUUUUCAGAAUCGGACCACCCGUCCCUGCUCCCAAAGACACAGAACAAGCUGUAUAAUUUGUUUUGGGUCUGUAGGUUCAAAUUCCGGAGUAGGAGCUGGGGGAAUGCCCGUGUCCCACUGGAGCGAGGGAGCCCUUUUCUGCUCAAUCGGGGCCGCUCCGGGUUUGGGGAUUAUCUGGAAGAGCCCCAGCUUUGAUCCAAGAGCCUCGUCCCGGCUGGCGGCGCUCCCCGUGAGCACUAUUUAAUUCAGACACAAGACGAUGAGAAAUCAGUUGCUGGAGUCUGUAUGACUGAAACAGAUCUAAUAGAGACCUUCCAGGACAAGUGGCCUGCUAUCAGAAAUCUGGAAGCAUAAUUUUUUUUGUUUUUUUGUUUAUUGACAUAAUUUCUGAAGAACGUUAUAAAUUUGAGUAGCACCUUAAUUAAUUAAAGUAUGUUAAUUUGUAGUAAACUUUCCAUUUAAAGUGAGUCACCCUUCUCAGCUUCUAAGUCAUCCAGUAAACAGGACUUUCAGACAUUAUCUACAUGGAAUAUAUUUUACUAUUUUAGCACUAUUUGCACCUUAUAACUGCUAACAAUUGCCAGUGACAUGAAAACAAAACUGGUGUUCUGUGUAAUUUAAUAACCAAUAGAGUUGCCAAAUGAGACAAAUAAUUAUUUAAUAAGAAUAUUUUAUCACACAGAAAUAGCAUCACACAGAAUAGCAUAUAUGAAGCGAUGAAGCAACUGAGAAAAAAAGUAGUGACCCUGUAUAAUUUCUUGGCUUAAGAAAUACCUAUCUCACAAGGGUAUUUAACUAAGACUGUUGACACCAAGCUGUGUGGUGGUCAAAUAGUUGUUUUGACCCGAAUUAAUCACGUGCAGUGCAGGUUAUUGCAGGCUCUGUGCUGAACUUUGUUAGACUACAUAUAUUAAAGUCUGGGCAAAAAGCCCUCCUAAUUAAAAUAGGACCUAGGAACAAAGAUAAAAAUAUUAAAGGCUGGAAAGAUUGAAAAUAAGUGGCAAAGAAUAUAAGUGAUAAGAUUUGAAGAGUUAUACACUGAUAAACAAAAUGUCAAAUGGUAUAUAUAUAUUGCCAGUAACUUAAUAGGAAUGAUUUUUCAUUGCUUCAGUGAGAAAAAAACAGGUAUGAUUUAUACCAGUUGGUAGAUAAAGACACUUAAACUGUACAGCUGUAGUUGUAUAGAAAAGGAAGAUGUUUCAUAAUUUGGGGUAGGGUUUUUCUGUACUUUAACUCUGUGUAAAUAGCUGACCAUUCUCCAUUUUCAGUACUUCUACUGAUACUCCUGGCACUCAUCAAAUCAUAGCGUUUAGGCUAUAAAAGAUCUGUUAGAACAUUGAGACCACCUGUUAAUCCAGCACUGCCAGGCCCACCACUAAACCAUGUCCCUCAGUGCCACAUCUACAGAUCUU